AAGACUUUCUCCGAGUCUCCCACUGCCCCACCGGCGUAACCGCCGGCGACCAAAUGCAUUUGCAGUUCCCGAGUAGCGCCGCCCGGUAGCGCCUUCAACGGAGAGGGGAUCUCACACCUGAUACCGGCGAUGGAGGCGGAGGACGAGCGGGCGGCGGAGGCGCAGCGGGAGAAGGAGGCCGGCAACGACGCCUACCGCAAGCUCUUCCUCGAGACGGCCGUGCUCCACUACACCCGCGGCGCCGCCCUCGACCCCCGCGACAUCUCCUUCCUCACCAACCGCGCCGCCGCCUACCUCCUCAUGUCCAAGUACAAGGAGUGCGUGAGGGACUGCGACGACGCGGUGGAGAGAGGCAGGGAGCUCCGCGCCGACAACCGGCUGCUCGCGCGGGCCUUGUCGCGGAAGGCGUCGGCGCUGCUCAAGCUCGCGGCCUGUGCCGGGGACUACGCGCCGGCGAUCAGGGCGCUGCAGCAGUCGCUGGCCGAGCACUACAGCUUGGAGACGCUCGCCAAGCUGGAUGAGGCUGAGAGCGGCAGGAAGGAGAUCGAGGAGCAGGAACGGCUAGAUCAGGAAGCGGCCGACCACCACCGCCACAAAGGCAAUGAAUUCUUCCAGAAGAAAAAAUACCAGGAAGCAGCAGAUCACUAUACUGAAGCUAUUAAAAAGAACCCAAAUGAUCCCAGAGUCUUCAGCAACAGAGCUCAAUCACACAUCUAUCUACGAAAUCUUUCUGAAGGUUUAGAAGAUGCAGAAAAAUGUAUUGAGCUGGAUCCUACAUUUCUGAAAGGCUACUUGCGUAAAGCAAAUGCCCAAUUUCUCAUGGAUGACUAUGAGAGUGCUCUGGCAACUUACAUAGAGGGUUUGAAGUGUGACCCAAACAGUCUUGGUGCAAUUGAUGGCUUAAGAAGAUGUGCGGCUUGCAUUAAGAGGUCUGAUGGCGGUGAUUUUGGGCCUGAGGAUUUGAAAGAAAUCUUGGGAGAUCUUCGUUCAGACAAUGAUUUGCGUAACAAACUAAAAAAAACCAUGGAAGAAGUUGCAGUAUUCAAGCAGGAAGCCUCUGACGAGCGCUUGAGGCGGAUUGAAUCUGAACGGAUGGCCAGGACAUCAGAGAACUUGUACUUAAACCAGGUCCAACAGAGGAAAGAAACUGAGGAAUUUCUUUCCAAAAUACAAGAAGAGUUGCAACAACUUAAAGUACGGCAAGAUGAGGUCAUUGAGGAACUGCAGAAAGCCAAUGAGCAUAAUGAGAGUCUUCAACAUCAGAUCUCUGAAUCCAAAGACCAUUACGACUGGCUUCUAUCAGAACACGAUCACUUGCUACAUGAACGGAAUCGUUCAGUCAGAGAAGUUGAAGAAUUACGUCAGAGAAGAGGGCAGAUUCUUUCAGUUUUGGUAACAGCAAUGCACUGUGAGUUUUCACCAUCUGAACUGGAGCGUGCAACAGAAAAUUUCAGUAGUUUACGGAAGAUUGGAGAAGGUGGGUUUGGCUGUGUAUACCAAGGUGUCCUCCGGAACAUGACAGUUGCAAUAAAGGUGCUGAGACCUGAUGGUUUGCAAGGACAAUCACAGUUCGAACAAGAGGUUACCAUCCUUAGUAGAGUGAGACACCCCAACCUGGUAACUCUGCUAGGAGCUUGCUCAGAGUUGUCUACACUUGUCUACGAAUUCUUGCCAAAUGGUAGCCUUGAAGAUUUUCUUGUAUGUCAGGAUAAGAGAGCAACUCUGACAUGGCAGAUUCGUGUCCGAAUUAUUGCCGAGAUAUGUUCAGCUCUUAUCUUUCUGCAUGAGAAUAAACCUCACCCAAUUGUUCAUGCGGAUCUCAAGCCUUCCAACAUUCUCCUUGAUGUUAACUUAGUCAGUAAGCUAAGUGACUUUGGUAUUUCUCGCCUGCUAAUCCAGUCCAGUAACGACAACACUACCAUGUACCGCACCAUGCAUCCUUUGGGAACUCCUGCGUACAUGGACCCUGAAUUUCUUGCCACUGGAGAGAUGACACCUCGCUCCGAUGUUUAUUCUUUUGGGAUCAUAGUCAUGCGCCUUUUAACUGGAAAGCCUCCUGUUGGUGUAAAAAGGAUUGUGGAAGAUGCCAUGAUGCAAGGUAACCUGAACUCUGUAAUUGAUACCUCAGCUGGAGAGUGGCCUGCUGUGCACGUCCAGCAGUUAGCACACCUGGCUCUAGGAUGCACUGAGCCAAGCAGGAGGUGCCGUCCUGAUCUUUCAGGUGAGCUGUGGAGAGCACUUGAAUCCAUGAGAGAUGAUGCAACAUCAUCUUCGCCUUCAUCUUCAAGAUCAGUGCUUGAUGAAAGCAGCAUACCAUCAUACUUCAUCUGCCCUAUAUCUCAGGAUGUCAUGAAUGAUCCUCACAUUGCAGCGGACGGUUUCACCUAUGAAGGCGAUUUGAUCCGGAGCUGGCUCAAUACCGGCAGCGACACAUCUCCAAUGACCAACUUGCCGCUUGAACAUGACGAGCUCAUCCCCAAUCUCGCCCUUCGCUCUGCCAUUCAGGAAUGGCAUCAACAGAAAAACACAGUACCGCAAUAAUCCGUUCAAUCUGCACGCUAAUUCGCCCACUUGAAAUCUUCCACCAGGCAGGUAGAAGAGCAAUGGUCCAUCAACUGUAAAUUAUUAACAAGUAGCUACCUAUUAUGACUGUAUGACCUUGUAUGUAAUGUAAAUGCAACUGUUUGGUAAAACCUUCAUUAGGCGAUGCUUGUGAAAAAAUUAUCUAUGUCAUGCAUGAACUGGCUGACCAUUAGAGUAAUAUUUUUUUUCACAAUGCUAUUAAUGCACCAGGGAGCGAAAUUGAAUUUC